UAACAGCCAAAGAACCUUUCUGUGAAGCAAGGUUCUUCCGACUGAUACAAAAAGAGGUGGUUCUUUGUGGAACCAAAAACGGCUGUGAGGAACCUUUUCAGCUCCUUUAAAGGUUCUAAGAGCGUGAGUCGUUUCAGUGAUUUGGAUCCCUGUUGUUUUGACUUGCAUUAGGCCCUGAUGUCAUGAAGUCAGGCAGAGGAUGUGGGAUUUGUGUAUGUCAUAGUAUUUUUGCAGAUACCCGGUGCAGCUCUGCUUGACAAUGCGUUGAGUUGUGGUCUUUGAGCUGUACUUGGCUUCCUGUCCUCCUCCGCUGAGCAGGAUGCCUCACAUUGUCGUUGUCGGUCUGCGCUGCUGAGCUCGAGGGGCCUCUGGAGGGGCCAAAGGGCAUCCUGGGACUUCCUCUGCCACCCGGCCCUCCAUUAACCCUCUUACUGGACCUUUUAUGGCUUCGUGAGGGACAGAGCCUCGUCUCUCAGCCCUUCCAGAGCUUUAAAAGCGUACAGGCGCAGCAGAAGAUGGCUACGACGCUGCAUGAAUUCACGCAGUUUACGGAUCCUAAGAUGUUCCCCAGAGUUCUUCAGAUCCAGUCGGGAAUAUAUUGUCAAGGUAAGAGUAAAACUGGGGCCGUUCAUUCAUCUGCUCUUCGUGGGAAAAUAAUAGCUGUUGCAUUAUCUGAGAUGUUUGGAAGAGAGUGCUCUCUUUCGACAGGAGAUUUGCUGAAAAUCAUUGAUAUCACCAUCACCAGGUUCACUGCUCGGACCUCCAGCAAAACUGAGAUCGAGAUUCCUGUGGAAUAUCCAGGAUUGUUCAAGCUAGUGGCCGACAGUCAGCCGUAUCGCAGCAUACAAGAGAUAGCAGACUCGGUGAAGAUCAGCCCCCACAGACUGUCCCAGGCGGUGUUCCUCAGCGGUUCGGAGGUUCAGCUGGAGCAAGGCGUCAUACGGGAAGGGGACAGCUUCAGAGUGACGUCCGUCUCCCGUGAGCCCGGCGGUGGACGAGUGCUGUGUGAGCUGCUGCACAGAGAGCCCAAGACCUGCUUCAGCCUGAGCUUCUCCCAGCAAGGACACUUCACAGAGAGCCAGGACGACCAGUUUUACACCCUGAGAGAGAUAGCCGAGUGGAAGAUCUCCAAAGGCAGGACGAGGACUGUAACCGAGGUCAGAAAACUGCCCAAGAAGGACUUAUUAUUCUCACAUUUGCUGGAGAAUGUAUUUGGAGAGCUGAAGCUGACUCCUGUGUAUGAACUGAAGGCUGUUACGAGAAUCAGUGAGAAGAUUCUGCUCAUCCCGUCAAAUCUGGACGUGGAGGUGGUGGACGUCACCGAGCAGUUUGAUUGUGACUCCUUUGUGCAGCCUCUCUCUCUCACGGACGUUAAGAGUCCCCCAGAGUUUUUUCCCGUGGUGGCUAAGUUGUCGUGCGAAAGACCCUUCAAGCUUUCUUCGGAGCUGGAAACACUUUUCCAAUCCAGUCAGGUGAUCGUUCAUCAUGCUUUCUACGCCAAACGAAUUCUGGCCUCGGAAAUGGGUCGUGAGUCGACGAGACACUUUCUUAUCCCGGAGUCCUACAACGGACGCUUCAAGCGGCGGCCGCGCCAGUUCCCCACGGCCUACGACCUGGAGCGAGCACGCAGCCAAACCGAGCAGAUCCGGGUGGUGGCCACCAGAGAGUUUGAGUCCGUCUACAACGGCCUGGCCUCCGUAAAUGCCGGAGACGAGUUCAUAGUGACCAAAGGCAAGAGCUGCGCGUCACACAAUGGAACCAAGAGUUCAGCCGAUGCUUUUCAGUGUCUGAAAGUCACAGGGACGGAGGCGAAGGAGCCGGUGCGCCUCCCCAUGUGUUUGGAGGGAGCAUUCAUGGAGCUGGUGAAAGACAAGCGGCAGUACACCGUUGCGGAAAUAUGCCAAUGGUUCUCGCUGCCCUUCAACGUCAAAGUGUCCGUGCGAGACCUGUCUCUAAAGGUGGACGUUUUGGCUGGCUUGCCCGGUCUGCACAUGGAGGAGGAGAUCUCUGACCCCUGCCUCCUCAUUUCAAACGCUGACCUGUCAGAGAUCAGGGAGGUUCCGGUCAAUCGCGCAGACCUGAUCCUCAACAUAAAGCAUCGCUGGGAUGGCCAGAGUCCAGUGUGUAGCAGGAGCUCAGUCGUAGAGGAGAUCUCAGAGGACUGUUACUACACACUCAGGAGGUACGCCGUUACUACCAUCACACCCCCUCCACGGCCUCCCAAAAAACCCAAAGAGCCUCCCCCUCGACCCCCCAAGAUGCUGUCGUCCAGAUCUGAGAGCGCCAACAGCGAAAGCUCCAGCUGCUCUCCACAGAGUCUUUGUGGCGAACCGUUUAAGCAAGACGACUUCAUUCAAUGCAGUGAUUCAAAAAAUGGAAGACAAAAGAUCGUCGUUAGUCCCGUCGCUUUGCCAAGACCCCUGAAGAAAGAUCUCGCCAAGGGCCGAAGUCUGGACAACGUAUCCAUCACACAAAAUGAAGAUGAUGACAACGAUGUGCACGAUUAUGAAUAUAUCGAUGAAGAUCAGAUCGACAGCAUAAGGAGGACAUACAAUGAACAAAACGUUAAGACGGACAAAGGAAAACCGAGCAACACGAUAUAAGAGUCACUAAACCCACUUACUUUCACUUCACAUGAUGAGACCGACGUCACGCAACUUUACAUGAAUGCAGCUCAUUUAUUAGGGGAAGGUCUUCUGUGCUUAUUAGUCCUGUAGGAGUACAGACACCAGGUACGCAUCUGUUUUUUGUCUUCGCAUGAACCGGGUGAAGUACACCAGUUCAGAAUCAUCUUUGGUCAGUCGAUGGUUGAUGGUCUGCAUGUUAUAUAUUCAUUCAAACGCUUUGUUUUUUCUAAGGUCCAUUAGAUAUUAUGGUGCUUAUAUGAACUGGUAUACUAUCCGUUAUGAAACCGUAAGUACAGUAAGCGAGUUUUAUACAUGUAUUUUAGUCCCUGAGGUUUCGGUCCUCGUAUCUCUCCAGGCUGCAGCUCUUUUCGGUGACCAUGGCUUGUGGAUCAUGUACUGUCCAAAAAAAUGAACAAAAAGCUAUCACUUUUAUACCCUAUUUAUUUAAUGGUUCUUGUUAGUAUUACAAUACUAAUAUUAUUUCCUAAAAUAUUAGCACCUUUGAAAAGGGCAGUGCCAUAGUGACCACUAUUUUUAAGUAAUGAUGUCAGAGAAACCAACCUUCGUUAACUUAAGUAUAUAUUAAUUGAGUUUUUUGUACAGUCUGGUUAUACGUAGAGUUGAAAGUGGGUUUAUGUUUUACAUAAUUGUGUGAAGAAGGACAUUUUCUGCAUUUUGUCUGGUCUACUUUGAAUAAAUGAGAUGGAAAGUA